AUGUCCAACUCAUCUGAUGAUCAACAAGCUAAUGCUGCUGUUUCAUCAUCAGCUGAAGAGAAUAUUUAUUGCAAGGAAUCCAAUUUUGAAAUUGAAAGGAAGAUUGGGAAGGGCCAAUUUAGUGUUGUGUAUCGGGCAAGAUGUCUCAUUAAUAAUCAGAUUGUUGCGCUCAAGAAAGUUCAAAUAUUUGAAAUGAUGGAUGCAAAAGCAAGGCAAGAUUGUAUAAAAGAAAUAGAUUUAUUGAAGCACCUUGAUCAUCCAAAUGUUAUACGAUACCUGGCAUCAUUUGUGGGUGACAAUGAAUUGAAUAUUGUUCUAGAAUUGGCAGAUGCCGGUGAUCUUUCUAGAAUGAUAAAGCACUUCAAGAAGCAAGACAAAAUAAUUCCAGAGAAGACAAUAUGGAAGUAUUUUACUCAGAUUUGUAGUGCGCUUGAUCACAUGCAUUCUAAGAGAAUCAUGCACAGAGACAUAAAGCCUGCCAACGUUUUCAUAACAGCAGAAGGUAUUGUGAAGUUAGGAGAUCUUGGACUAGGCAGGUUCUUCAGCUCUAAAUCCAAUGCGGCACAUUCUUUGGUUGGCACUCCCUAUUACAUGUCCCCUGAACGUAUCCACGAGAAUGGUUACAACCUGAAGUCUGAUAUUUGGUCACUUGGAUGUCUACUUUACGAAAUGGCAGCUUUGCAGUCGCCAUUUUAUGGAGAGAAAAUGAAUUUGUACUCAUUGUGCAAGAAGAUCGAGCAGUGUGACUACCCGCCUCUUCCUUCCGACAACUAUUCUCUAGAACUAAGCAACCUGAUAGACUCCUGCAUAAACUCCGACCCAGAGAAAAGACCAGACAUCAGUUACGUGUAUGAGGUGACAAAAAAGUUGUACAACAAGAGUUGA